CCCGUUUGCUGUGUGGCUUCUCUUCUUCUGCCCAUACCCAGAAGAAAGCGGGGACGUGACGGAGCUGGGGAAUUGUUGGAGACUUCAAAAUCACCGAAAAUACAGCUUAUAGAACCCUCACUGUUGCUCUAGAGUACCUGUCACAUAUUUUUUUUUAAAUAUAUUUCCACAUUUGAACUAAUACGCAAGUAUGUCCUGGCAAGGCUACGUGGAUAACCUGAUGGCCGAUGGCAGCUGCCAGGACUCCGCCAUUGUUGGGUACACGGACGCCAAAUAUGUCUGGGCAUCGUUUCCCGGUGGUACAUUUGUUAACAUAACGGUUGACGAAAUCGACAUCAUUGUAGGAAAGGACCGAGAAGGGUUCUUCUGCGGCGGGCUGACCCUCGGCCAAAAGAAAUGCUCUGUCAUCAGAGACAGCCUCCACGCCGACGGGGACUGGACAAUGGACAUCAGGACAAAGAGUCAAGGAGGAGAGCCCACAUACAACGUUUCCAUAGGCAAAGCCGGCAAAGCGUUGGUUUUAGUCAUGGGAAAGGAAGGUGUCCAUGGAGGACAGCUCAACAAGAAAGCGUAUACAAUGGCUGACUACCUGAGGAAGUCUGGAUACUAAAGCAGCAUCGGCCCAGCCACCUAGCAGCUCACCCAUAACACGCUCUUCCAGUUCUAGUUGGUAGUUGCUUACUUUUCUCCCCAAACCCUCCUAUUGUCCCCCUUCUUUUUUUUGUUGUUGUUUGAUUCCCCUUUUCUCUUCUUUCCCAGUCAUCUUGAUGCAUUCACACUGUGUACUCAAUCCCAUUCUAGCACUGUUGCACCAUAGUUGGAGAAAAAAAAUGAGCAUGUUGUUAACAGGACAUUGUGACAAAUCUAUACUUGUUUAAAAAAAGAAAGAAAAAACUUGCACCAUUCUGGCCAAUGCUCAGUGAAAAAAAAAAAACUAAUAAAGUGAAGGAAACCUAAAUUGAUGAACUGAGAWUUCGUAUGAUGGUGCCCCGGAAGUUCACUCUUGAGCAGCCGAUGCCUUUGGAGCACUUGAGCUGUAACCAAGCUCAUUGUCUUCCUUUUCUAGAGCAUGUUUUGGGGGGAGGGGGGGAAACCGCAUGCAUAUCUUUGAGCCUACUGAAAUACUGUUGUUCCCUCUGCCCCCCUCCCUGUAACUCCUGCCAAAUGUCUGUAGCUCCUUCCCCCUCUUCCUGUUUGUCCAUAGGUGACACUACAUCAGUACACGGGAGGAACACUCCUCCAUUAACCAAUCACUACACCCUAAAGUCCCCUGUAUCUCCCUCUCUGAGCCACACUACUCUGUACCGGAUGGGUUUUUUUUUGUGUGGGGGGGGGGUUGCGCUUCAAUGCAGUCAUGGCAGGCUAUCAGUUCUGGUAUUGAUUGAGUCAGAAGGCAAAAUCGACAUGGUUGAUGCAGGCAGAAUCUCUUCCAUGUCCUCUUCAUGACUACAUGAACCCCAUCAUGGACAUUCCAUCGUUACAAUGGCUCAGACACUUAAAACUGUUUGCCAGCUCCUGUAAUACAUUUCCCCUUUUUUUUYUUUUUUUUUUGGCUGCCAUUUUGGACAGUAGAUACAUCCAGUUUGACAUAGGACCAAUGUUAGUGACAGCUUUGGGUAUAUAUACAAUUGCUCUAAAUCAUUGUGAAGGAUGCCUUCUAGCCUCAUCUUUCCCGCUGAAGGCAAAACAACACUAAUGUAAAACCACAUCUUUCUGUUGAAGGCAAAAGGGAGGGAGGGUUUGCGGUGGAUGAAAUCGAGCAGUCAUAAUUUGACAACUUCAGAUUAUUUUUUAUUAAAGAAAUGAAUUACGGCAUUUCUAAACCCAUGCUGUGUGAAGAAACGACUGUGGAAUAAAUGRCCUUGUACUCGUGUUCAACUAAGAUAUGGUGUCAAACUUUCUUUUCAAGCUCUGUACUUAAUGUAAUGUCCAAUUUGAAAAGAACUUUAAAGAAAAUAAAAAAAUAUAUAAAGUAGAAAUUACACAAUUGAAAUGGGAGACGGGAUUGGUUGGAUUAAGAACUCUUUGAUUGUCUUGUGGAAACUUGCAUACCAAAGCUGUGUAUCCUGUACCAUAAUGUUGAAACAUCGGUUUCUAUUGUACGAUGAAGGAUUUUUAACAGCUGCCCAGGAAGGAGUCAUUUCAUUGGCACUUUUUUUGUUUUUGUUGUUGUUGCAUCAGUGCCAAUGUUCAGGCCUUGUGGCAUGUGUGUACUAAUUAAAACCUUCAUUUACUGACUUUCUUUCCCGACACUCCUUUUCUUUACACUUGGGAUACAGUCUCUUUAACACUUCAUAUGCAUAAACCAAGAAAUGCCAUAAAUUAAUUUAUCACCUUGUUUACAGACAGAUCAAAUAAAUAAAUUCCAACCAGA